AUGGACAGAUUCAUUAUUUCUGCAGUGUGCCUGGUGUUUUUCCUUUCGCUGACAGACUACAGCUAUGCAGAUUACUGUCUUACAUACUACUCAAACAACAUCAACACUUACUACAUGUAUUGUGCUGAUGGCUGCUGUGGCUACUCACACGAUAGGGAAUGCUGCAAAAAGACCAACGCGGGGGCAAUCGCCGGGGGAGUAAUUGGGGCACUAACAGCUAUUGCUGUCAUCGUUGGGAUCAUCGUUUACUGUCACAUUUCCAAAAAGAAGAAGCGAAAAGAAGAAGAGGAGAUAGAUGAAGGCUUUGAUUUUAAUAUGAAUCCAAACCACCCUUACAUGGGAUAUGGAUUACCCCCUGCAGGUGAGCCGGAACCAGAAUACCUGAACCGCGGAUUUCCAGGGGCCCCACUGGGACCACCGCCCGCCUACGACCAUCCACCACCCGCUCCCAUUGGAGCCAGAGGAGGACCAGGCGAUCUACCACCGCCGAUGCCUAACACAGAACACAUGUGA